AUGAUCAAUAACUGCGGGAUAGUGAAACCAGUCUACGGUCUGAACGGGGAUAUUGACGUUGACAAGACACAUCAACUGUGCCAGGAGGUCUAUCGCAUCUACCGAUGCCCGUCAGAAGCCAACAAGCCACAGUCAGAGCAAUCACGCAUAUUUAGAAGAAAGCACAGCUGGGCAUUGAUUGGAGACGGAGACGUCGUCGAACCGCCGAUUCGCUUCAUGGGAAUCCUUGACACGGUUGGAGAGCGCGGUAUCCCAGAAUUCGCGGGCGCAGUCGGCGUUGACUGGCCCAAGUUGCACGACCAGCACGUCUCGAGCGUUGUCUCCGAGGUCUACCACGCCGUCUCACUACACGAUCGCCUGUACGCUUACCAGCCUUGUCUGAUAUCUCGCGACACAGAGUAUGGACCUUCAUACGGCAUCACAGAGCGUUGGUUCCCGGGCACACACUACGAUGUCUGUCGUCAGAGCUUCAAGAUUGUGAGGGGUGUGCUGCCGCAGCGACUCGAGAGUGUUCUUCCGGCAUGGGCUUGGUCUAGCAAGACGGUCAAACCGAACGAGGUCUUGAGCGAUCUUGUCUUCAAGUGGAUGCUGGAGUGCAUUGACGCACAUGAUCCCUCAGGGCUUGUGGUACCGAAGAAUACGCUCUACCGUGAGCUAGAUGGGCUCAAGAAUAGCAUUCUGGAAGGGCAGAAUACUGGCGAUGGCGAUGUCUACAACCACAUCCUUCAAUUUGCCCCUUUUGGACGGUACUUUGACCUGGCGUUGUCCACGGCCUUUGGAAAGUGGCAAGAUAACCAGCUUUACAAGAUGCUCUUUGCCUGCAGGCCUCGUCUGAUUCCCGAGUUCAACGCGUCGGUGUACAAUUACAGAGGCCCUGAUCCUAAUCUGGAUGGAAGGAUUAUCCAGAAGCUGGCAAACCUCCCAUCAAGUUCAACGCCACCCGAGAAGCAACCUGAAACGCGGUACCCAUCAACUUCAUACGAUGGAUGGCUUUUAAGGCGAUAA